GUUUUCGAUUUCAGUCUUGCUCACAUACAAGUCGGUUGUUUCGUCGUGUGUCGUCGUCGUCAGGGCACCGAGUAAAGAGAGCAGCAGCAAAUAAGCAGGCGGUGCGCGCGCGAGUAUUAUAAUGAUCACUAAUAAUUUAAUUUAAAAUCACUAUCGUAUCAUAUUAAAACGAUUUUUCUUGAUCAGGUUUAAGGCCGCAUUAAAACGAGAACAAAGCAACAGUUGUUAUUAUUGUUAUUAUCAUAUUAUAGCGUUCUGACGAAAUCAAAUAAUUAUGAGGUGUGUUCGCACCAUCAGGCCGGAGCACACGCACUAUUAUGAUAGGGGCACGAUAAAGCACUAUUUAAAGCGGUGAAAAUGAAAUGGGUUCGAAAACUCGCACUAUUCUAGUCAACUAAAAAAAAAAGUAUAAAAAAAGUUAUUGCAGCACAUAUGUAACCCUCGUCGCGCGCUCCGCUGCUGUCGCAAUCGUUUCUUUGUGGUAACAAAACUAUUGUUACAAGAGAGUGACAAUGGACACCAAUAGAGUGAAAAUGGUACUUCUGCGGUGUUGCAGUGUCACACUCAAGUGUCGGGGGUGGUAUUUCUUAGUGUUGCUUUAUUUGUUGAUCGUCGAUAAGUGCCAGUGUCAACCGAACGCAACUAGUAACAGUAGGAUAUUCAAAAGGGAAGUUCUCGAUGGGAACUUGGAAGAAUAUUUAAUGCGAUUCGGGUACAUCGCCCGAUCGCCAGAUGGCGCGAAUGCCUACAGGACCGAGGAUUCGAUCCGAAACGCGAUCCGAGAUAUGCAGGAGUUUGCCGGUAUUCCUGCUACUGGAAAAUUGGACCUAAGGACUGUGAAAUUGCUCAGAACGCCAAGGUGCGGAUUACCGGAUAAAGAACUAGGACUAACCUCAGGACGACGGAAAAGAUACGCGAUUCACGGCACCAAGUGGCCAUAUACAGACUUGAAAUGGAGUUUAAGAUCUAAAUCAUUAGCAGAAGAUCUAGAUCCUUAUGAAGUAAAGUAUGUAAUUGCCAAGGCUUUGGAAGUCUGGUCUAAACACUCGAGACUGACCUUCACUGAAGUAGACAGCGAUAGGGCGGAUAUUCUUAUUUAUUUUUAUAGGAGAGACCAUGGAGACAAUUUCCCCUUUGAUGGCAAAGGAGUUAUUCUUGCUCACGCCUUUUUCCCCACUGGAACCCGAUCGAGUGUGGACGUUCAUUUUGACGCGGAUGAAACCUGGACUACCUCAACCGAUAGCGAACAGGGUACAAACCUGUUUAAUGUAGCAGCCCACGAGAUUGGUCAUGCCCUAGGUUUGUCACAUUCAAAUGUAGAGGGUGCUCUUAUGUACCCUUGGUAUUCUGAGCUGAAGGGUGGUUUUGACUAUGAGCUUCCUGAUGAUGACAAGUUGGCUAUAAGAUUUUUAUAUGGUUCGAAGGACCAAAAGCAGUGGGGCCGCAUUCCUCAGUAUUAUCCAGGACCGCCACGACCAGCACCUACCACAACCACUACUACUACCACCACAACUACCAUUAGGCCGUAUAUAACACAACCAAGAAGAAAUUUAAAUCCGCAUUAUCCGUAUGAUCCACGGUAUCCUGACGGCAAGCACCCAUAUAAGCCUCAUUACCCGUAUAAACCAAUGAAUCCUAAUAAAAAGCCUACACACCAUCAUCAUAAACAUACACCACCAGGUCGGUAUCCUCCUUAUGUUCCAACCACUACCACAACAACUGCCAAAACUACCAAACACCAUCAUCACCAGACAACAACAAGGCAUAACCGACAUCAACCGUCCUCUUCACCGCCAAAAGAAUAUCAUCCUACUACCAAUACCGGCCAUGGAAAUCGGAAAAGUCCACCCAAAACCUGUGAUACUUCGUACGAUGCAGUAGCUGUGAUUAGAAGAGAAUUGUUUAUUUUUAAGGAUGAGUACUUUUGGAGGAUAGGUGAUGAUGGCCGAGUAGGACCCGAAUUUCCAGCGAAAAUUCAAAGACAAUUCACCGGUUUUCCAAGAAAUUUCACCCACGUGGACGCCGUUUUUGAACGAGGUGAUGGUAACAUCGUAUUUUUCAUAGACGAUUUAUAUUAUGUUUUUGAUACGGACCGUUUGCUUCCUGGAUAUCCCCGGCCUCUAACGGAUUUGGGUUUUAACGAAACUGUGAAAAAGAUCGACGGGUCUAUGGUGUGGGGAUACAAUGGAAAAACUUACUUUUUUAGCGGUCAUGAGUAUUGGAGAUUUGAUGAUGAAAUUAAUGAGGUCGAAAAAGAUUAUCCCAGAAAUAUGACACCAAUGUGGAAAGGAGUAUCUCCAAAUAUCGACGCAGUUUUUCAAUGGAAAGAUGGAAAAACCUAUUUUUUCAAAGACAAAGGUUUCUGGAAAUUCAAUGACAAUUUAAUGCGAGUAGAAGAUUAUGAACAAAAACUGUCAGCGCCAGUGUGGAUGGGAUGCAAACUAGAUUUAGAGGAAAAUAACGACUUAAACCAAAAACUGCCCUUGGCUAGCGGUUAUAGCGGCUCUGCCAAAUUUAUUUUAAAAUAUAAUUGUUUUACCAUUUUUAUUGUGAUCGCAACCGUUUUGUUGCUACGGUGAUCGCUAUGCGUCUUUGGCUCAUUUCACCGCUAAAUCAUUGUGAUAGGUUCGAGAGACUGUGCCUAAUAUAUAUUAUUAAUUUUGGUAAUUAAGUGCACUUUUCUGCAACUCUUUAUAUAUUUCAUUGACCUUUUGAAUAUUUAGGCCAAAUCGAUCAGAGAUCGUCCGCUAUCGUUAAUUUUUGAUUGGCCGGAAGUAAAUACUAUUGUUUUUGAAUGUAAACAUAAUUACAUUUAAAAGUGUGUAAAAGCUAUGCUUGUACAUUGAUGUAAAUAGCUAUUAAACAUUUAUAUUUAUUAUUACAAAAAGUACACAGUACUUGUAUUAGUUUAAAUAACAUUUAUAAUAAGGAAUACACUGAUUUACUUUAAA